CCUCAUCCCCCACCCAAACAUGCGUUGGGGGCCGGCGCAGCAGCAACACCGACGACAGCAGUUGUGGUUGUUGGGGACGUUAGAGUCCGAGGAAGAGGGCGCGAGGAGUAACGAGGAUCCCAGUUUCAGCCCAAGACUUGACCUGAUGGACUUAUCUUCUCAUCAGACUCCGAGCAGCAACUCGGAAGGCGAUGCCGGCGAUACUGGUGGUGGUGGUAAUAGUGGUAAUGGUGGAAGUGGACCACCCAGUGGACCCAUCGAUAGCGGUAGCGGUAGGGGUGGCAGAAGCAGCAGCAGCAGCAUCAUGGAGAGAGAACACAUGUUCGAUAAGGUGGUCACACCCAGCGACGUCGGCAAGCUCAACCGCCUCGUAAUACCAAAACAGCACGCGGAAAAGUACUUCCCACUCGACUCCACCACCAACGAGAAGGGUCUUCUCUUGAGCUUCGAGGAUCGCAACGGUAAGCCCUGGCGCUUCCGGUACUCCUACUGGAACAGCAGCCAGAGCUAUGUUAUGACCAAAGGCUGGAGCCGCUUCGUCAAGGACAAGAGGCUCGAUGCCGGAGACAUCGUCUCCUUCCAGCGUGGUGUAGGCGACUUAGGCAAGGACCGUCUCUACAUUGACUGGCGGCGGCGCCCUGAUGCCCCCCACCCAUUAUCAUCAUCGUCGUCGUCGAUGCUGCUUCCACCGAUGUCGCCCUUAGGUCUACUACCUCUUCGCCACGGGCUCUCAAUGGGCCCUCCGCCGUCCGUCCCACACCCAUGGAGCCGAUUGUUCUUGCCCACUCCGAACCUGACGAACCCCCCAAACUACUUGCAUUUCCAUCAUCAUCAUCAUCAUCAUCUUCUCAAUUAUGACCGUACAACUCACGAUCAGCAUCAUCAUCUGCUUCAGCUCCGUCAUAACCCUAUUAAUUUCAAUUACAGUGGUGGUGGUGCUGGAACUGGUAGGAGCUGCGGUACAGGUUACAACCACAAUUACAAUUACCACAACUACAAUAUGGUAAACCAAGGAUCAGGUUCAGGUUCAGGUCCAGGAUCGGGUAAUUACCUGAGUAGAUCGUCAUCAGCACCACAAUACGACGUAGGGUUUGGGGUUGGAGCAGUGCAAGAAGGUGAGGAUGGGGAUGGGGAUGUCCCGAUGGUUAUCGACUCGGUGCCGGUGGUCCAUGGCAAGUCUGCAGCAGCUAAACGCGUUAGACUGUUCGGUGUGAACCUGGACUGCCCUACUCCAGAGGAUGACUCAGACUCUGAAGGCGACGUCUUGUCCUCCACCUCCGCCUACAACACAAUCCCCCAUACCACACCACCACCACCACCAAUGCUUUCUUCUCUCUCCCCUCAUCACCUUUCGGUACUCCCUCCUCUCCAAUUAAGGGUCUACAGUGGCGCCCCACUACCCACCGCACCAGAUCAGCUUCCAGCAAACCAAUCCUUGUCCUUCGAUUUUGAAUUUUGAU